AUGAAUGAGUAUCCUAAAAAAAUUAAAAGGAAGACUUUACACCCUUCUCCUUAUUCAGAUUCCUCUGGAGUAAGCAGAGUUGCAGAUGGAUUCAAUGGAAUUUUUUCUGAUCAUUGUUAUAGCGUCUGCUCGAUGAGACAGCAAGACUUAAAAUAUUUUGACAACAAAGAUGACGAUUCACAUACUGAGACAUCAAAUGACUUGCCAAAAUUUGCAGAUGGAAUCAAGGCCAGAAACAGACAUCAGAACUACCUGGUUCCUGGUCCUAUGCUUAGAAUCCUAGACUUUCCUCCAGAAAAAUCUGGAAUUUGUGAUGAAGAAUGUGACUCACCUGAAUCAUUCCACCAGCAAACCCAAGAGGAGAGUCCUGUAGAAGUUCACUCUGCAGAAGAGUUUCCUGUUGCUGUAGAAGUGCAUGCAAUAUCUGAGGAUUAUGACAUAGAGACAGAAAACAAUUCCUCUGAAAGCCUCCCAGAUCAAAUUGAUGAAGAACCACCGGAAAAACUCUGUAAAGUUAUUGACAAAAGCCAGGCUUUGAAUGUGACUACCCAGCAGAAAUGGCCUUUAAUAAGAGCUAAUAGCAGUGGUCUCUAUAAAUGUGAACUUUGUGAUUUCGACAGUAAAUAUUUUUCUGAUUUAAAACAGCAUCUGAUCCUGAAGCAUAAAUGUACUGAUUCAAAUGUAUGUCGAAUAUGCAAGAAAAGUUUCUCUAUGAACAUGCUUCUGAUUGAGCAUGCCAAACGACACAACGAGGAUGCCUAUAUUUGUAAAUACUGUGACUAUAAGACGGUGAUUUUUGAGAACCUCAGCCAGCACAUUGCAGACAUCCACUUUAUUGAUCACCUGUACUGGUGUGAGCAGUGUGACGUGCAGUUCUCCUCAAGCAGUCAAUAA